AUGUUCUCCAAGAAGAAGAAGCGGGUGGAGAUCUGCCCGUCCCGCGCAACCACCGGCGUGGCACGGGGCUACGACGCCUCGGAGCAGCGCUUCACGGGGCUGCCCCGCCAGUGGCAGGGGCUGCUGGAAGACGCCCGGCCCCCAGCCCCCGCGUUGGACCCCGCCUGCAUCACCGCCAUCCGCGGGGCCCACAAGCCCAUCGUGGCGGCUUCCAAAGGGGCCCCAGGAUGGGACCCCGGGGGCCGUGACCGGACCCUGGCGUGGCUCCUGGAUGAGCUGGCGGCCGUGUCCGUGUCCCGCUCCAACUCCCUGCGCCGGGAGCCCCCUGCCCCUCCCCGGAGAACGGCCUGGCCCCGGCGCCCCCAGCCCCGGCAGGACCCCAGGCUCGCCCCCACCCCGCCCCGGGGCCGGCCCAAAUCCAGCUCGGCCGGGGAGGGGCCCCCGCGGCCCCCCGCCCGCGAGCAGCGCCCGCUCUCGGGGCCCGACCUGCGGCCCCCCGACGGCCCCGGGCCGAUGCCCGCGGACGGCCUCAGGAGGUGCCCCCCAACGGGCCGCUCCCCAUCUCAGGAGCCCGCGCCCGGCCCCCCGGCGCCCGCGGCCCCCGCCCCGCCGUGCCCCAGCGUGUCCCACGAGCAGUUCAGAGCGGCGCUGCAGAUGGUGGUGGACCCCGGGGACCCCCGUUCCUACCUGGACAACUUCAUCAAGAUCGGCGAGGGCUCCACGGGCGUGGUGUGCAUCGCCACCGUGCGCGGCUCCGGGCAGCUCGUGGCCGUCAAGAAGAUGGACCUGCGCAAGCAGCAGCGGCGUGAGCUGCUCUUCAACGAGGUGGUGAUCAUGCGGGACCACCAGCACGAGAACGUGGUGCAGAUGUACAACAGUUACCUGGUGGGCGACGAGCUCUGGGUGGUGAUGGAGUUCCUGGAGGGCGGCGCCCUGACUGACAUCGUCACCCACACCAGGAUGUCGGAGGAGCAGAUCGCCGCCGUGUGCCGCUCGGUGCUGCGCGCGCUCGCCGUGCUCCACGCCCAGGGCGUCAUCCACCGCGACAUCAAGAGCGACUCCAUCCUCCUCACGCACGACGGACGGGUGAAACUCUCGGAUUUUGGGUUCUGCGCCCAAGUGAACAAGGACGUGCCGCGGCGCAAGUCCCUGGUGGGGACCCCCUACUGGAUGGCCCCCGAGCUCAUCUCCCGCCUGCCCUACGGCCCAGAGGUGGACAUCUGGUCCCUGGGGGUGAUGGUCAUCGAGAUGGUGGACGGGGAGCCCCCUUAUUUCAACGAGCCCCCCCUCAAAGCCAUGAAGCUGAUCCGGGACAACCUCCCCCCCCGGCUCAAGAACGGCCACAAGGUGUCCCCGUCGCUGAAGGGGUUCCUGGAGCGGAUGCUGGUGCGGGACCCGGCGCAGCGCGCCAGCGCCCCGGAGCUGCUGCGCCACCCCUUCCUGGGCGUGGCCGGGCCCCCCGCCUGCAUCGUGCCCCUCAUGCGGCAGCACCGGCUGCGCUGAGAGACCCCGGCCUGGGCAGAGACCCCCGGACUGGGGGGAGACCACCAGACUGGGCAGAGACCCCCACACCUGGGAGAGACCCCCAGACUGGGGAGAGACCUCCAGACCAGGGGGAGACCACCCUGUCCUGGGAGAGACCCCCGGAUCGGGGGAGAGACCCCCGGACCGGGGCAGACCCCUCCUGCUCAGGAGGAGACCCCUCCCACCCCAGGGGGAGACCCCCAGCGCCCUCCUCCUCCUCAGCAGCCCCCCCAAACUGGAGCGGGACUGGGAUGUUCUGGGGGACCCCGGCCCCCCCCCAACCUGUACUACUGAGCUGGGGACCCUCCAGCAGAGAUUUU